GCCCGUGGUAGCGCAGCGAGUGGACACUGGAAAACGAUGAAGGCUUCGGCAACCGAGGGGAAUGGUCCACCAUUCACCCAGUGACUCCACAACGGACCGCUCCUCAACACCAUUGAGAUUUGGACUACUUUACUUUGGGUCAGGACCUGGAGGACCAUUUGGCGAUCAGUUGGAACUAUGAACACAUGCUGUAGCGGUUAUUGAAAGUGAAAACAGACUAGGAAUUACGUUCGACAUAUGAACUUUACAGAAACCAACAAGUCAUUUUUAUUAAUUGAAAACCUUGUGAGUUUAACAAUAUUUUAAUCGAUCUGCGUCUCAAUUGUUCCUUGGUAAUAGAAUGGUUCGAAGGAGGUACAUUUCCUUUGUCGCUCAUAUUGAACGUUUAAUUUGAUCUCGGGUGGUCAAUUCAUUCUAUUGUCACUUUAAUCUAUCUUCAGACAUAGGCAGAGUUGUGAUACUCUCCUAUUACGAACUGCUUGACCAUGCUUCAAAAUGAGAAAGGCAAAGAGGAAAAGUCUUCAGAAGAGUCAAAAAGUCAGACUGAACCGCAAAAUGUGCCAGCGACCGAGGAAGCCGCUGCGCAAAAGACAGACACUGAAGGUGGCGACUCCACUCACUUCCCAAUGCCAUCUUAUCCCAAAGUUGAGAUCAAGCGCAACGCGGUGACUGACGACUACAAGAUCUCAAACCAGGUUUUGGGACUUGGAAUUAACGGCAAAGUUUUGGAGUGCUACAACAAGAAGACUGGUGAGAAGUGCGCGUUAAAGAUACUGUACGACAGUCCAAAAGCCAGACGAGAGGUAGAGCUGCACUGCCGCGUGUCCAAUGGGCCCUACAUAGUGAGGAUCCUCGGCCUGUACGAGAACAUGCAUCAUGGAAAGAAAUGCCUUCUCAUCAUCAUGGAAUGUAUGGAGGGUGGAGAGCUCUUCAGCCGGAUCCAGGUUCGAGGAGACCAGGCCUUCACGGAGAAAGAGGCCUCAGAGAUCAUGUGUGACAUUGGCACCGCCAUCGACUUCCUCCACAACAUGAACAUCGCACACAGAGACAUUAAGCCGGAAAACCUUCUCUACACCAAAAAGGAGACCAGCGGCGUGCUGAAACUCACCGAUUUUGGCUUUGCCAAAGAGACCACGCUCCACAACCCCCUGCAGACACCCUGCUACACGCCCUACUAUGUGGCGCCGGAGGUUCUGGGCCCGGAGAAAUAUGACAAGUCAUGUGACAUGUGGUCUCUGGGUGUGAUCAUGUACAUCCUGUUGUGUGGUUUCCCGCCGUUCUACUCCAACACGGGCCAGGCCAUCUCCCCAGGCAUGAAGCGCCGCAUCCGCAUGGGCCAGUACGAGUUCCCCAAGCCAGAGUGGACAGAUGUGUCCCAAGAAGCCAAAGACUUGAUCACACAGCUGCUGAAGACUGACCCUAACGAGAGGAUGAGCAUUACACAGUUCAUGAACCACCCAUGGAUCAAUAGAUCAAUGGUGGUCCCAGCAACUCCUCUUCACACUUGUCGGGUUCUGGCUGAAGACAAAGCCACGUGGGAGGAUGUGAAGGAGGAGAUGACGUGUGCGCUGGCCACCAUGCGUGUGGAUUACGACCAGGUGACGCUGAAGGACCUGGACAUCUCCAGCAACCCGCUGCUCAACAAGCGCCGCAAGAAGGCAGCCACGGGGGGCAAGGGCAUGGCCUGCAACAACCAAUAGCACGCCACGGAAGGAGGAAGGAGGAAGGAGGAAGGAGGGAGACGGGGUGGGGCUAGAAACAGGACUCCACCCCAGGCUUUUGCAUCGGGAGGAAGAGGCUUGGACAUGAAGGAUUGCAAGAUAGCGAGAGAGAAAGAGAGAUAGAAAGCUGACAAGAGAGAAACAUUGUUUUAAAAAAGAAAAAGCCCAGACUUUAAAACAUGGCUGCCGUAGCUGCAAGCUUUGAAGGCUUUGACUGUACUUUGAAGGCUUUGACUGAGAAGGCUUUGACCACAGUACUUCCCUGAUUGGAGCUGUUUGAGAAGCAUUGUUUUUUUCCAUAUCUGAUAAGCCCUGCUAUCAGUAGCCUUCAAGCUGUUUUAUCGGUACAGAUUUCUGUUUCUCUUUUCUGUGUGUGUGUGUGUGUGUGUGUGUGUGUGUGUGUGUGUGUGUGUGCGUGCGUGCGUGCGUGCGUGCGUGCGUGCGUGCGUGCGUGCGUGCGUGCGUGCGUGCGUGCGUGCGUGCGUGCGUGCGUGCGUGCGUGUGCGUGUGCGUGUGUGUGUGUGCCCAUUUCUUUGGUGUUUCUGUCUUGUGCAGUGUGCAGUAUUUCAUUCAGUCAGCAGCUAAUGAAUGUAUUGGCAUGAUUUGGAGUGUUUGUGUGGGUGUGUUUUCUAGAGUAUGUUUGGACAAGCCCAUUUGUAUGCUGUAUGAAGCAGCUUUCUUUAUACCCAUCAUGAAACAGUUAAAGCUCUCUCCUGUUAUAUUUUUCUGUCUCCCACCCUCUGUCUGUCUCUCUGUCUCUCUCUCUCUCUCUCUCUCUCUCUCUCUCUCUCUCUCUCUCUCUCUCUCUCUCUCUCUCUCUCUCUCUCUCUCUCGUUAUCACACCACUUCAGUUUGUGCUAAAAGCAAACCCUCUGCCCGAUAAAGACUGUGUCUCACACCAGGAUCAUAGAUCCACAAAAGAAGGGAUUGUGUUUUGGGCAUAGAGUUAGAACAUUAGACUAGAGGUUACCCUGCCCACUUUUUCACGGCAAUCCUGGCAGCCAUGAUUUGGAAGUAGACCUGAGAAAUGUAAACGAAUGGGGAAGGGGGCUCAUCUCGGUCAAAAAUGGCUUAACCCUAUCCAGACUGGGGGGGGGGCUAAAAGUGCCCGCACCAACUUUGAUGUUGUAUAAUUCCUUAACGACUUAAGCUAUGACUACGAAACUUGGUGACUUUUCCUAAAAUUUAGUUGGCUACAGUUUAGUACCAAAAGAUUAUGUUUAUCAUUUUUGCCGUUGCUAUGGCAACGGUUUUCUGACAGGUAUGUCUGACCGAAAAUCACUGAUCUAAGUCUCAUUAUUGUUCCUUUUACAUAUUUUUUUGUUAUUUCCAUUAGCAUCAGACAGUUUUAGGAGUAUUAAAGUGGUCCGAAGCAUAUAAUCAUAAAAAUUUAAGUGCAUUACCUACAUUUAAUUGAAAAAGACAUUAUGGCGAGAUUUUGGGCAUUAUAAUCAGAUGAUGUCAUAAUGACGUCAUAAUACCAGAUAAUGACACAAAAAUGAUGUCAUUCAUAGAUGUCCAUAUGUAGAUCAUCUCCCCAAAGUUUGGUGGUCAUACCGUAUUCCGUUCAUGAGUUAUGAGGGGGGGGUCAAAAGAGCCCCCCCCCAGGCCCAGGAAUGCCAAAAAAGCCUAGUCUGAAUAGGGUUAAUAAUGUGAAAAUGCCCAUGAACACACUAUACGAGGACAAUAGUUGAUGUGUGUUGCUAAAAGUCUACAUAAUUAAUACAAACUGAUUUCAAAAUGUAAAAAACACAUGGUUUAAGUAGAUAUUUAGCCUCAUAUUACAAAGACGUCCUUGUAAAAUGUGUCAUUUCAUAUUCAAACAGUUUCAGUACAUUUUUGACAGAGGUGGGCGUGUCCUUUAUUGAUUUGCAUUGACUGAAGGUACCUACACCACCUACACAAGUGCACUUGUUUUUUUCCAGUGCUGCCGCAAAUUGCUGUGUCACCUCUAGUCUAUUGUUCUACCUCUAUGGUUUUGGGCCAAGGGCGUCUGUGCUAGCUCACGCCACAGGCUGUCCUGUAACUGUUGCUGUUUGUACAGUUCAUUUGAUUUUAUCAGAAUUAAAUUUUGAAAUUCUGUGAUUUUUACCUUUA